UUCAAUCCCCUCUCACUCUUCCUGAAGCAUCAUCUAAGGCAGAGCAGUGCCAUUCUUUCUGACAAAAAACACACCCACCUAGGAACACUGAAGAUUUUUCAUAAGGCUGCCGAAGGAAUUGCUAUCUUUUUUACUACUACGGGCAAUUGUUUCCCUCAAAGCGGUUAUUUUUAUCAAUAAAAAACAUGUCUGAGCACAGCCAAAACUCUGACCAAGAGGAAGUCUGUUCAGGAGAGAUAGAUGAAGAUGAAAUCUUAGCAAACUUAUCUCCUGAAGAACUGAGGGAACUGCAGUGUGAAAUGGAAGUCAUGGCUCCAGACCCCCAGGUGCCAGUUGGAAUGAUACAGAAGGAUCAGACUGAGAAAAUCCCAACAGGAAACUUUGAUCACAGAUCCCUUGUUGACUACCUGUAUUGGGAGAAGGCAUCCAGACGAAUGCAUGAGGAUGAAAGGGUACCGGUUACGCUAUUGCCCUCAGAGAGACCCAUCACAAAAUACUCGGAAGAAAAUGUUGCUGAAAUUAGCAAUGAAAACCCAGUGGCCAACAAUGCUGCAAAUGAAGAUGUAAAAGAUUACAAAGAAGGGGUGGAUGAGGAAGAAGUGGAAGAAGAAGGAGGAGGAGGAGAAGGAAAAGAAGAAGAGAAAAAAGAAGAAAGGAAUGAAACAGAGAAGAAAGAUCUGGAAACCAAAAAACUUCAUGAUCAUGAGAAUGGCAAAAGCACCGAGGAAAGUAAAGGAUCAUACAGAGAAUCAGGUGAAAAAGAAGGAGAGAAUGAAAAGAAAGAUUCAAAGUUAAGUAUUCCCAAAAAAUUAGCUCUAGACACCAGUUUUAUUAAAUUAAGUGCACGGCCUUCAGGAAAUCAAACUAAUUUAGAAGAAAGCCUGAGAAAAGUCCAGAGAAAUGACCCGGCCAUGACAGAACUCAACUUAAACAACAUUGAGAACAUCCCCAAGGAAAUGCUAGUGGACUUUGUCAAUGCCAUGAAAAAGAACAAGAACAUCAAAACAUUCAGUUUAGCCAACGUUGGGGCAGAUGACAAUGUAGCUUUUGCCUUGGCCAACAUGCUGCGUGAAAAUAGGAGUAUUACCACUUUGAAUAUUGAUUCUAAUUUCAUCUCAGGCAAAGGAAUUGUUGCCAUCAUGAGAUGCCUGCAGUACAAUGAGAAGCUUACAGAGCUACGUUUCCACAAUCAGAGAAGUAUGUUGGGUCAUCAAACAGAAAUGGAAAUUGCCAGGCUCCUGAAAGCCAACCCUACACUUCUUAAGAUAGGCUAUCACUUCGAACUUCCAGGUCCCAGAAUGGUGGUCACUAAUCUACUUAGCAGAAACCUUGAUAAACAGAGGCAGAAAAGGAUAGAGGAGCAAAAACAGCAACAGUUAAAGCAGCAGAAAGAGCUAAUUGCCAUGUUAGAGAAUGGACUUGGGUUGCCUCCUGGGAUGUGGGAAUUGCUAGGGGGACCCAUACCUGCUUCAAUGAUGCCUCCUCCAAUGCAACCUCCAGUGACACCAGUUCCCAGAGUCCCAUCUAUUGGCCGAAGAAAUGAACCUGCUAGGAAAGCAGAGCCUGAAAAUGAAAGCAGUGGCAAUGUGCCUGCUUUCAAAAUAGUGAAGCUCAAAAGAAUCCAGCGCAAACCUUCUAUACAGGAGUAUGUGGAGCCAGCUGAAAAAACCAAUCUCAAAGAUGUGAUCAAGACCCUAAAACCUAUUCCAAGAAGAAGGCCCCCUCCUUUGGUUGAGAUCACUCCGAGAGACAAGCUACUUAAUGAUAUUCGUCAGAGUAACGUAGCUUAUCUGAAACCGGUGCCCGUUCCCAAAGAGUUGGUAUAAACCACCCCAUUCUGCUGAAGGAACCAACUUGAAAAACAGCCAGACUAUCCAAGCGUUGCUUCAGAAAGUGUCAAGGGGUUGCUUCCUUCAGCUGGGAGUCAUGACGACAUGGGAACAAUGCUUGAAGCAUGCAGUCUGUUGAAGUGAUGAUUGCUAACCUACGAUCUCAAGCAACCAGAUGUAUCUUCCUGUCUAGGAGAGGCAGAAGUAGAAAGGGAUACUUCGCUUGUCUCUUUUAAUCAUUGUGCUACCACACUCAUAGGUCCUUUCAGUAAAACUUACUGCCUGCAUAUCACCUUCUCUUCUACAUUUUACAGAAGCAUGUGGGGCAUCCUGUUGUGGUUUCAUUUUUUUCAUUCAUCUACUCACCUGUAGUUGUGUGGCAUACCUGCCAGUUUUAAAACAUUAUCUUUUUGCUAAUCACAACUGAUUUUGUUUUUGUUAGAUGAAGGAUGUUACAAGAGAAAUAAACAGCAACUUUCAGAAGAA